CCUGCACCGUGUGGAGCCUAAUCAAUAUAAUCCGAGACUGCUGUUUGCCUUUUCCAUUUUUCAUCUCAUACUGCUCUGUCUUCUCAAUAUUUACUUGUCAUUUCUUGCUCACCUCCCUUGCUUUUAGUUUUCCUUGCACCUUUUCUACUUCUUCUUUUCCAUUCCAAAACAAGCUAUGGCUGAUGCUAUUGUUUCUGCUCUCGUGAGUACAAUCGUGGGGAACUUGAAUUCUUUAUUUCUUCAAGAGCUUGGACUUGCUGGGGGCCUAACGACCGAGCUUGAAAAUCUCAAGCGCAUGUUCAGAACCAUUCAAGCUGUGCUGCAAGAUGCAGAGGAGAAGCAGUGGAAGAGUGAGCCUAUCAAGGUGUGGCUCAGCGACCUCAAGGAUGCAGCUUAUGUUGUUGAUGAUGUACUGGAUGAGUUUGCAAUUGAAGCUCAGUGGCUUCUGCAGCGAAGAGAUCUCAAAAAUCGAGUAAGAUCCUUCUUUUCUAGCAAACAUAAUCCACUUGUUUUUCGACAAAGGAUGGCUCAUAAAUUGAAGAAUGUUAGAGAAAAACUAGAUGCCAUUGCCAAGGAGAGACAAAAUUUCCACCUAACAGAGGGCGCUGUGGAGAUGGAAGCAGAUAGUUUUGUUCAGCGUCAGACUUGGUCUUCGGUGAAUGAAUCAGAAAUUUAUGGAAGAGGCAAGGAGAAAGAGGAACUAAUCAACAUGCUGCUCACUACUUCAGGUGAUCUCCCUAUUCAUGCUAUAAUGGGGAUGGGGGGGCUGGGUAAAACAACACUUGUUCAACUGGUCUUCAAUGAAGAAAGUGUUAAACAACAAUUCAGUUUGAGGAUCUGGGUGUGUGUAUCUACUGAUUUCGAUCUCGGAAGAUUAACAAGAGCCAUCAUAGAGUCCAUUGAUGGUGCUCCUUGUGGUCUUCAAGAAUUGGAUCCCUUGCAACGAUGCCUCCAACAGAAGUUAAAUGGAAAGAAGUUUUUGCUUGUAUUGGAUGAUGUGUGGGAUGAUUAUGGUGAUAGGUGGAAUAAAUUGAAGGAGGUAUUAAGGUGUGGAGCUAAAGGUAGUGCUGUGUUAGUAACUACGCGCAUUGAGAUGGUUGCUCGUAGAAUGGCAACAGCUUUUGUCCAGCAAAUGGGGAGAUUGUCUGAAGAAGAUUCUUGGCAUUUGUUUCAACGGCUUGCAUUUUGGAUGAGAAGGACAGAGGAGUGGGCACACCUGGAAGCCAUUGGAGUAUCAAUAGUGAAGAAGUGUGGUGGUGUUCCUUUAGCUAUAAAGGCACUCGGGAACCUAAUGCGGCUUAAAGAUAAUGAAGAUCAGUGGAUAGCUGUCAAAGAAAGUGAGAUUUGGGAUCUAAGAGAAGAAGCAAGCAAGAUUUUACCUGCUUUGAGGUUGAGUUACACUAAUCUAUCACCACAUUUGAAGCAAUGCUUUGCGUAUUGCGCUAUAUUUCCAAAAGAUCACGUGAUGAGGAGGGAGGAGCUGAUUGCUUUGUGGAUGGCAAAUGGCUUUAUUUCUUGCAGAAGAGAAAUGGAUUUGCACGUCAUGGGCAUUGAGAUAUUCAAUGAACUAGUGGGAAGGUCAUUUCUGCAAGAGGUCGAGGAUGAUGGAUUUGGCAACAUAACAUGUAAAAUGCAUGAUCUUAUGCAUGAUCUUGCUCAAUCCAUUGCAGUACAAGAAUGCUAUAACACCGAAGGCCAUGAGGAGUUGGAAAUUCCUAAAACUGUUCGUCAUGUAGCUUUUAACCACAGACAAGUAGCUCCUCCGGAAGAAAAACUUCUCAAUGUCCAUUCACUGCGCUCAUGUCUUUUGGUGGAUUAUGAUUGGAUUCAAAAGCGAUGGGGAAAGAGCCUUAAUAUGUAUUCUUCUAGUCAAAAACAUCGAGCCUUGAGUUUAAGAAAUGUCCGGGUGAAGAAAUUGCCAAAGUCAAUUUGUGAUUUGAAACAUCUAAGGUAUCUAGAUGUGUCAGGCUCCUGGAUCAUAACAUUGCCUGAAUGUAUAACCUCUCUCCAAAACCUCCAGACACUAGAUCUGAGAGAUUGCAGAGAACUCAUCCAAUUACCGAAAGGUAUGAAGGAGAUGAAAAGUCUCGUAUAUCUUGACAUCACGGGUUGCCAUUCACUUCGAUUUAUGCCUUAUGGAAUGGGGCAAUUGAUAUGCCUGCGAAAGCUUACCUUGUUCAUUGUGGGCAAGGAGGAUGGUCGUUUCAUAGGGGAGCUGGAAAGGCUGAAUAAUCUUGCUGGUGAAUUGAGUAUCACAGAUCUUGAUAAUGUUAAGAAUUCAACAGAUGCAAGAACUGCCAAUUUGAAGUUGAAGGCAGCUCUUCUAUCAUUGACUUUAUCAUGGCAAGUGAAUGGAGCUUUCAUUAUGCGUUCACUACCAAAUAAUGAGCAGGAGGUCCUUGAAGGGCUUCAGCCUCAUUCAAAUCUGAAGAAGUUGAGGUUAGUUGGAUAUGGUGGUUCAAAAUUUCCAAAUAAUUGGAUGAUGAACUUGAACUUGAUGCUACCAAAUCUAGUGGAGAUGGAGCUAAAAGCAUGUCAUAACUGUGAACAACUUCCACCAUUCGGGAAACUGCAGUUCCUCAAGAAUCUUAAGUUACAUGCAAUGGAUGGUGUGAAGUGUAUUGACAACAAUGUGUAUGGAGAUGAGGAAGAUCCAUUCCCAUCUUUGGAGACGCUGACUUUCGAUUCAAUGGAGAGAUUAGAGCAAUGGGCUGCGUGUACUUUUCCUCGCCUUCGAGAAUUGAACAUAGUUGAUUGCCCUGUGUUGAACGAAAUACCAACUAUACCCUCUAUAAAAAAAUUAGAUAUCCAGGGAGGGAAUGUGUCAUUGCUGAUGUCAGUUCGGAAUCUCGUUUCUAUCACUUCUCUUCAUAUUUCAUGGAUUCCCAACGUGAGGGAGCUUCCCGAUGGGUUAUUGCAAAAUCAUACGCUCCUUGAGGAUUUACGAAUUUUUUAUCUGCAAAAUCUACAAUCUUUGUCAAAUAAGGUAUUAGAUAACCUUUCUGCUCUUAAAAGUUUGUCCAUUCAGUGGUGUGAUGAACUUGAAAGCUUGCCAGAGGAAGGUCUUCGGAACCUCACUUCUCUGGAGGUUUUACACAUAGCUGAUUGUGGAAGAUUAAAUUCUUUGCCAAUGAAUGGGCUGUGUGGCUUAUCUUCUCUUCGUCGCUUUUUGAUUCAAGGUUGUAAUCAAUUUGCAUCGCUAACUGAGGGAGUGCGACAUCUGACAGCACUUGAGUAUUUGGGGCUUUAUCGAUGUCCCGAGCUGAAUUCAUUGCCAGAUAGUAUCCAACAUCUCACUUCUCUCCUAUCUCUAGUGAUCUACGAUUGUCCAAAUUUGGAGAAAAGGUGUGAGAAAGAGAGAGGAAAGGACUGGCCUAAGAUAGCUCACAUCCCUGACAUUGAAAUCAACUGAAAAGCGAUCCAAGAAUCCUUGAAUGGAUUGGACGCAUCAACAUUGGAAUGACGGGGACAUUGGGGAUUGUAAUAGAUUACAGCAAUUGGACUUUUUGGCAUUGCAUUUAUGGGUAUAAAGAUUUCAUCUUAAUUUCCUUCCCCGCGUAUUUUCUUUUGGUGAAAUUGUUGUUCAUGCCUUUUCUUUCUUUACUUAGCCUUGUAAAUUACAAGAGCGAGACCACAUGAACCUUGAGUUACCAUUACCUUGUACUUGCAAUUCUACUUCAUACUAUCUUUGUUUGUCUUAUUUUAUAAAUCAUAAAUAUCUUCAUUUUGAGGA